CGCCAUGCCAUGCCAUGCCAACCAGCCAUCGCCUCCAUGUCCGUCAGUCGGGCCUGGGUUCAUUCCCUCCCCGAGAAGUUAUCCCAGAUCGCCCAGGCCGGGUUCAAGGGGGUGGAAAUCUUCCACGAGGAUCUCGAGUACCUGGCCAAAGGAAAAGGCGAACCCAAUGAAGACACUCUCCUCGCCGCCGCCCGAGAAACCAGGGCUAUUUGCGACCAGCACGGCCUGCAAGUCAUCGGGUUACAGCCCUUCAUGUUCUACGAGGGCCUGCUCGAUCGACAAUUCCACCAACAGAAAAUCGCCAAACUCCAUACCUGGUUCAAGAUUACCAAGAUCCUAGGAACCGAUAUUAUUCAGAUCCCGUCCAAUUUUCAACCAGAUGGCAUCUCGGGGGACCUGGAUCUGAUCGUGUCCGACAUGAAGGAGGUGGCCGACCUGGGCUUGCAACAAACCCCGGUGGUUCGAUUUGCAUACGAGAGUCUGGCCUGGGGAACAUACGUCUCGACAUGGGAUGCCAUGUGGGAGAUUAUUCAGCGCGUCGACCGGCCGAAUUUUGGCUGUUGUUUGGAUACCUUCAACAUCGCCGGGCGGGUGUGGGCCGAUCCCACCAGUCUUGAUGGAAAGGUCCCUGAUGCAGACACCGUUCUGGCCGAGUCGCUGGCCCGUUUAAAGAAGACGAUCGACGUGAAGAAGGUGUUUUAUGUUCAGGUCGUCGAUGCCGAAAAGAUGCAGCAGCCGUUGGUCCCCGGCCAUCCGUUCCACGUCGAAGGUCAGCCAGCCCGCAUGAACUGGAGCCGGAAUGCACGAUUGUUCCUCUAUGAAGAGGAUAGAGGCGGAUACCUCCCGGUGGUGGAAGUUGCGCGAGUCAUCUUGAAAGACCUGGGAUUCGAAGGAUGGGUGUCGAUGGAAUUGUUCUCUAGAACGAUGUCGGACCCCGAUCCGAGCGUUCCUCAGACGCAUGCUCAUCGGGGAAUACAAGCUUGGAAGCAGCUGGCCUAUGAGUUGAACCUUUAGUUGUGGCUGUUUAUAGAUUAUCACUAGUGUCUGGGAUGUGUUGCAGCUGUUCAAGAAAAUCG